GCGCGUGGAGGCGGGAAGGCGGCUGAGGCAGCGGCGGCGGCGGGAUGAGCGGGGACCGGCUUGGAGGCUCAAGCCACAGUGAAACAACUAGUAAAAAACGGGACGACUAUUUGGAAUGGCCCGAGUACUUCAUGGCUGUGGCCUUUUUGUCUGCCCAGAGAAGCAAGGAUCCAAAUUCCCAGGUUGGGGCUUGCAUCGUCAAUGCAGAAAACAAAAUUGUUGGAAUUGGGUACAACGGUAUGCCCAAUGGGUGCAGUGAUGACUUGCUUCCUUGGAACAGGGCGGCCGAGAGUAAACUGGACACCAAAUACCCUUACGUGUGCCAUGCUGAACUGAAUGCCAUUAUGAACAAAAACUCAGCAGAUGUGAAGGGUUGCACCAUGUAUGUUGCCUUAUUCCCGUGUAAUGAAUGUGCUAAACUCAUCAUCCAGGCAGGUAUAAAAGAAGUUAUUUUUAUAUCUGACAAAUACCACGAUAGUGAUGAAACCACAGCUGCAAGAGUCCUGUUUGACUUGGCCGGGAUUAAAUUCAGGAAAUUCACACCCAAGUAUGGCAAGAUUGUCAUUGACUUUGAUUCAAUUAACAGCCAACCAAAAAGUCAAAAGCCUCAAUGAGUUACGUCUCAUUAAAACUCUAGAAGAUUGGGAUUAUCCUCUUCUAAGAAGCUGCUAAUGCCUUUCAUCUUGAAGUUACCCAUAACUUUUUAAUAGGCAGUACAGCAAAAGUAGACUUCUAAAGAAAUCCUCAAAUCUUCCUUACUGUCUCUCUGUGUCAUAGAAUCUACAUCUGUUUAAACUAUUGAUUUGUGAUUCGAAAUGGAGAAACAUCUAUAGCAUAGGCAUAUAUAGCAUAGGGGUGUUUCUUUUCUUCCUUUCCCAGAAGAAAACAGGGCAGUGAAAGGAGUCAGAGGACCUGGAUUCAUAUCCUGACUAUGCCAUUUACCACCUACUGUAAAUUGGGUGAAUGACUUAAUCUGUUGGCCUCUGUUUUCUCAUCUGUAAAAAUAACAUGUUGGGCAUACAUGAUCUGUGGCUCUAUGAUAAGAGCCCCUUAUUGUUACCCUGGUACCUAUUCACUGGGGCUGGUUGGGAUUACUGAGAUAAAUUCUAUGCCAUCUUAUUGCUUCGGUUUUCACUAAUAUGCAGUGUGCUUACUUGUGCUAGGAGAACAGAUAAAUAAUUGUUGUUGUUUUCUUAGCAGGGAUGAGCAGACACACUGUGUUGAACAUCUAUCCCAAUGAAGUAGAACAUGGAAGUGCCCCUGUUAAAAACAGAGGCUCGUCUUAUGGUAGCUUCAAAAUAGUGCUGGGAGAAGGUCACCAAAAAAAGAUGACAGUCCCAUAUUUAGGAUUGCUGGUUUGUCUUGUUAGAUCCUAACAGAGGGGCAUUGCACCAUAUCAGUAAAUACAGAUUGAGUGCUUACUUGUAUGAUCAUUUACCAGUUAUCAUUUACAUUAGUCACAAGAUCUGAGCAGAAACAGCUGGUUUUUUUGUGAAUCAUUUUACGUCUUCUUGUCAGACACUGCAUUUAAUUCACCUUGUUCUUCAAAGUUCCGUGUACUGUCCGUUGUUAGGAAUAAUUUGUUCCUGACUCUCAGAACACUGUUAAUUGUUUGUAGGUUUAAGGUCAAGGACUCAUAGGAUUUCAUGUUCAAGGAGCUUCUGAUAUUUCUUAAUCCCACCAUUCAUUUAACAGAUGAGGCAACUGAGGCAGCAGGAAGAGAAAUGACUCACUGAGGUUCACCCAGGGAAUAAUAUCAGAGUUGGUAUUCUGACCCAUAACUCCAAAUCCUUUCUCCUUCCUCUUUUCAUCUCCUGGAAACUGUGUCUGCACACCAAGGUUGAGUUCUGUCUGUCCUCUUGCAGACCAUCUUUGUUCAGCAUCUGGGUUACUCUCUAACAUGAGAUUGAAUUUAAAAUAAAAGCACUGAGCCCAUUUGGAGGCAGCCUGUUCUAGCUAGAGUGGUGACUUGGGCAUAUUUAAUCAAACUGGCUCAUUGCCUUUGUCUUCAAAAAUAUUGCUUAACCAAACAGCCUCACUAAUCAGCACCAGGCUUGGGAAUGCAUGUCAGUGCACCUUGUCUUUUAUCUAAUUUAAUUUUUUAUUAGCUGUGUUUAGUACCUUUGUUUAGAAAUGACUCUCUUCUCUUGGAGAGUAUUACUUGCUCUCUUUUAAAAAAAAAAAAUAAAGCAUUAUAUUCUGCUGAA